AUGGGAGAUCUGAUGAUUAUCGUGGAAUAUUGCCCCUUUGGGAGUCUGGAGAAGUACACGAGGAGAAAUCAAUCGUACUUCAUCGAUCAGAUUGAUCCUCGCACGAAAAUGAUCAAUGACAGCAUCGGGAGACAGCAGCAUGACAUCGAUGAUUCGGCAAAGGAAGUGGCCGCACUUAAAUCUAAGAGAGAAGGAACUCAGGGUCAAUGGGUUCUGAAGUAUAUUCCGGAUGGAUCCAUGGUGACUGGCUUUGGUGGAACCAACAGUGGACUCCAGAGGGAUUCUGUUACUUCUAACUCCGGGAUUCUUGCAUCUUCAAGUCGAAAUAUGACGUAUCCAAUAAAUCCUAUGCUGAAUGAGAACACCACCCAGCAGUCCUUAGAAGAAAGCGAUCGCUCAAGUCACUUCACGACUAGCAAUCUCGUCUCUUGGGCCUACCAGAUAGCUCAAGGCAUGGAAUACUUGGCUUCUCGAAAGCACUACAUGGAAAAGAGCAAGCUGUUCGAAAAAAGGAACGCCGAAUACUUCCGGACAAAGACGGACUACCUAAAAAUGACACGAGAUAAUGCAGAUGAUGAAUAUGUUCCACCAUCGAGAAAAAAUUAUGCAUUCGUGGAAAAAGACAAUUUUUCAACCACACACAAAUAUGUGAACUUGGAGAAUUCUAUGCCUGAGAUGACAACCAGAAUACAAGAUGACCUGCAAAAAGGACAGGAACCACCUGUGCGAAAGGAAAAUCUCAGGGCAUACGCAAACAUCAAAGACGACCCAUUUUCGUGGAACGAGCAACAUCAGCAAAGUGGAUCAAAUAAAAUGAAAUCUUAGCAAACUAAGAACCCGCUUGUUAAAGAAGACCGCAGCGUUGAAUGCGUAAAAAGA